CUUGUUCUCACCGAGUCAUCUUCCUUGGCAGUCCUACCUCGUCAGCCACCCAACUUUUCUUAACUUAUCUUGCCUCUACUCUCAUGCCUCCUUCUCUUUUCCUCGUCUUUCCUGUUCUCAGAGCCAUCAAGGCACCCAGGCUGGACUUGUGAGAGUCACUGUCUCCUGCCCUUGACCCCCUAUACUCAGUUUGCCACCUGCGCCCCCCAAAUCUGCCUCCUUAAUGUCUUCUGUACAGGGUUUGCUGGAUGCUGCUGCUCUAGGUGUGACCGUAUUGGUCAGGGUUCUGCAGAGUCGCAGAAUCAACAGGACACACACACAGAGUCAUGCGCCAAAUAACAACAUUUGGGUCAAUGAUGGACUUGCAGGACUGGAAGUUGCUCUGGUUGGAGCCCUGCCCCGGCUGUGUGACGUGCUGCGGGUGCUGCAGGAGGAGCGGGACCAGUGCCUUCUGGAACUCUCCAGAGAGCCAACGGGAGACCUGCGCACGCAGCAGCCGGUGACAGACUUCUGCAGUGGGACAGGCGGCCCGGGAGACUUCACUCAGAGGGGACGAAGGCAUCAAGGAGGCUGCGUGGGGCUAUGGGACAAUACGAGCUGCUGGCCGUCCUCUGCGCCGGGACAGACUGUGCAAGUGGCGUGCCCGAGAUUCCUCCAGCUGCUCACGAGCAGAAACGGUUCCAUGUUUCGAAACUGCACACACGACGGCUGGUCAGAAACCUUCCCCAGGCCUGACUUGGCCUGUGGGGUUAACAUGAACGACUCCUCCAACGAGAAGAGGCACUCGUACCUGCUGAAGCUGAAGGUCAUGUACACGGUGGGCUACAGCUCCUCCCUGGUGAUGCUCCUGGUGGCCCUCAGCAUCCUCUGCACUUUCCGGAAGCUCCACUGCACGCGCAACUACAUCCACAUGCACCUGUUCGUGUCCUUCAUCCUGCGCGCCCUGUCCAACUUCAUCAAGGACGCCGUGCUCUUCUCGGAUGAUGUCGCCCACUGCGAUGCCCACAGGGUGGGCUGCAAGCUGGUCAUGGUCUUCUUCCAGUACUGCAUCAUGGCCAACUACGCCUGGUUGCUGGUGGAAGGCCUCUACCUUCACACACUCCUCGUUGUCUCCUUCUUCUCAGAGAGGAAGUACCUCCAGGGAUUUGUCGCCCUCGGGUGGGGUUCUCCAGCCAUUUGUGUUGCUUCGUGGGCUAUCACCAGGCUCCUUCUGGAAGACGUUGGGUGCUGGGACAUCAACGCCAAUGCAUCUAUCUGGUGGGUCAUUCGAGGGCCUGUGAUCCUCUCCAUCCUGAUUAAUUUCAUCCUUUUUAUAAACAUUCUAAGAAUCCUGAUGAGAAAACUUAGAACCCAAGAAACAAGAGGAAAUGAAGUGAACCAUUACAAGCGGCUGGCCAAGUCCACCCUCCUGCUGAUCCCCCUCUUUGGCAUCCACUACAUCAUCUUCGCCUUCUCCCCAGAGGACGCCAUGGAGAUCCAGCUGUUUUUUGAAUUGGCCCUUGGCUCAUUCCAGGGACUGGUGGUGGCUGUCCUCUACUGCUUCCUCAACGGAGAGGUGCAGCUGGAGGUUCAGAAGAAGUGGCGGCAGUGGCACCUCCAUGAGUUCCCACUGCGCCCCGUGGUCCCCCGCUCCUCCUUCAGCAAUGGCACCAAGGCCAGCACCUCGGAGCAGAGCCAGAGCACCUGCAGGGGCAGUGUCAUCUGAGAGGCUGGAGUGGGGACACCAUGGACAGAGGCUAACGUGGCUCCUAAGAGGGCUGGACGCUGAUCCGGGACAGCCCAUGUUCCCAGCGGACACCCUGUGUUCUCUCCUGUGUGGGCGAUGCCCCUCCCCCAGGCCUUGGAUUCCUAAGAACUGAACAGAAGGGACCUGGGGCACCAUGGCACAGGACUGGGCUUGGGAUUUGGUCUGUUUGCUCUUCUGGGAAGAGCAGCUCAAGGGACCCUAAAGGCAGCAGGGAAAUAAAAGCCCUUGGCUCCAGGCAAAUCCUGUCUAUCACUGCAAUUCACCUGUAUAGUGGCUCUCACCUGAGUUAAAUCAAUCUAGUAAAGUCACAGUGGAGGUCAGGGCAGCCCGAGGGCCCCCAGCCCCUUUUAGUAUCCCUGACAGGGUAUGAGGCACACCCCUGUUCUUCCUGCUCUUUUAUAGCUGUCCUCAGCCUGGGAGGCAGGUGUAGCAGAAAAUGAGAUGGGAUCAUAUUUUACAAAUGAGAAACAGGUCCACCAAGAUCCUAUACUCACCCAAGCCACUCAGCAAGGAGGUGGAGAUUGGAUCUCAAAUGCCCAUGCUCCCAGGCAGGGAAGGACAGAGGCCCGUCUCCUGCCCCACCAAGCUCUUAGGGACUUUUGUCUCACCCUGCACUCUGGCUCUCAGUUCUUCUGAGUAUCUGGACUCCCUGCCCCCAAGUGGGGAUGAAAGAGGACUAAAUAUUUGAACCCUUUCAAAACACAAAACCUGCUAGUGCUCAGGGUGUGGCAUUCUGGAAAGCAGAGAUAACUCCCCCCAGUGUUGAGGGAAAAGCAUCUUGCUUGUGGGUGGACCAACUCUAGUCCUGGCUUUGGGUGACCCUGGACAAGUGUGUCCCUCUCUGGGCCCUGGCUCCCCACCUCCCCUCCCUCACUGACCUCCUCCACUCCUUAGAGACUGCCCAGCUUCCCACUUCCCAGGCUAAGGUGUGGCCUGUGGGUCAAUGAGCUCUGCUCGCUGCAGAA